UUCCAAAUAUCAUUGACAAAUAGUUGUUUUUCUCUUCUAUAAAUACACAAACGCAGCUUCACACGUAUUCCAAGCUAAAACUUCUGUCAUUUUUUCCUUUCACAUAUAUCACAGAGCUCAAAAAACACUUUUCUAACACAACAAAUUAACUAGCUAUCUAAUUCAUUACUCUUCCUAUUGUUGUAUCUCUUGUGAUCACUAUCCACUUUUUUGUGAAUCACUCAUAUUUUUCGAUAUAUAUAAUCAAGUUAAGAAUUUAGUAUGGGAAAAAUAACAUGUUGUGAAAAAAAUGGACUGAAAAAGGGUCCAUGGACACCAGAAGAAGAUCAGGCUUUGAUUGAUCACAUUAAAAGGAAUGGCCAUGGUAGAUGGAGAACCCUUCCCAAAAAUGCAGGACUGAAAAGAUGUGGAAAGAGUUGUCGACUUCGGUGGACUAACUAUUUGAGACCAGACAUUAAGCGAGGAAGGUUCUCAUUUGAAGAAGAAGAGACCAUAAUUCAAUUACACAGUGUCUUGGGAAACAAGUGGUCUGCAAUUGCAGCUCGAUUGCCUGGAAGAACUGACAAUGAAAUAAAGAAUUAUUGGAAUACUCACAUCAGAAAGAGGCUACUGAAGAUGGGAAUUGAUCCAGUGACUCACACCCCACGCCUUGAUCUUCUGGAGCUGUCUUCACUCCUCAACUCAACACUCUACAACUCUCACCUCAGUUACUUAAUUAAUAAUUAUAAUAAUAAUCAUAACAACAACAAUAAUCUGCUUGGAAACAUGGGACCACCUCUUGUGAAUAACGAAAACUUGCUUAGCUUGGCCUCAGCUCUCUUAUCAUCAUCUAACCAGCAAAAUAUUGUGCCACAAAACAUUGUUCAAAACCAAAACCAAAUCUAUGAUAAUAAUGAUGAUCAUUCUCAAUAUUGUGGUCAGCUCCCAUUUCUAAGCGAAACCCCAUUCAUGCAAUCCAAAAUGGAGCAAUUCCCUCAAAGAACUAUUCAUGAUGAUCAAUCUCAACAAAACCAUGAUUUAUAUCAUAUUUCAAAUCAGGGUCUAGCCACAGGUGUAGAGAGUUCUACUAUUACCACUACUGUUGCUCCUAUGGAAUUGAUUGAUCAUAGCGGAUAUAUUUCAGCUCGAUCUUCGUCCUCUUCCACAACAUUAUUGAUUCUAAACUCUUCGCCGGUAAAAAGCCAACGGCCGGGACUUGAUUAUUCCGGCACCGGUAAUAAUGGUAUUGGUCAGAUCACUACUCAUAUGAAUAUGAUGAUACCAAACAAUAAUAUUAAUAAUACAAUGAGUACUUUUGGUAGAUCAUCACUUCUGUCAACGCCUUCGUCGUCAAGUUCAGUACCAGUGAAUACUUAUAAUAAUUUGAAUAGUGGAAGCACUACAACAACAACAACAACUACUACUACUACUCAGGAAGAUGAGAGGGAUAGUUUCUGUAGCAAUUUCUUGAUGUAUCAUGAUAUAGCGAAUGCCUUUAAUGGCAACGAACUUAUUAUGUAGCAAAUUAAAUCUAUGUACUUAAUUUCUUUUCUUACAUAUAUGCCUUAAUAUGGCUUGUUCUUGUUCUGUAUUAUUUGAUUUUGUUUAAUUAUAUUAAUUGCGUUAUCAGCUAUAUAUAUAAUGAGAAAUAAAAGUUA